AUGAUGUUCGUAAUACUCGCAGCUGCGUCAUUGCUUUACAUCUCAUACAUACUCUUAUUAGCCAUCAAAACCAUCUACUUCCAUCCACUAAGCCACAUCCCCGGCCCAAAAUGGCGGAUCGGAAUUCCACUCCUGCACCACCUUUCAGCCAUCCGCGGAAGACUAGACCUAGACAUCAGCUCCUGGCAUGAAAAGUACGGCGACGUCGUCCGCUCCGGCCCAGACGAAGUCACCUUCAUCACCGCGCAAGCCUGGAAGGAUAUCUACGGCCACGGCCACCGCCAGCUCCCGAAAGUGCAAAUCUCCGCCAUCAACGGCAAGGACAUCUUCAGCGCCAACGACGUGGACCAUGCUCGUUUCCGAAAGGCGCUGUCGCACGCGUUCUCGGCCAAAGGCCUACAGGCACAGGAGCGCAUCGUCACACAGUACAUCGAUAAACUGAUCCAGCGACUGAAGUGGUUCGCGGAGUCGGGGACGGCGGCGGAUAUGGGCAAGUGGUAUAAUCUGGCGACGUUCGACCUCAUCGGGGAUCUGGCCUUUGGCGAGCCGUUUGGGGGCCUGGAUAGUGCGGAGUAUCAUCACUGGGUGGCGACGAUGUUUGGGUUUGUGAAGUCCAUCCCGUUCCUGCGGGCGCUGCAUCGGUAUCCGGUGGUGUUCAAGGUGAUUCUCGCGUUUCACCCGGGAUCGUUAAUGGAGAUGAGAAGCAAGCAGGUCGAGCAUGCGAAGGCGACUGUUCAAAAACGGUUGAGUAACUCGGCGGCUGGUCGUGGAGACUUUAUGGAUUCGAUGCUGCGGCAUCAAGGGGACAAGGGCGGGUUGAGUCUGGACGAGCUGGAGGAAAAUGCCAAUGUCCUCAUUUUGGCUGGGAGUGAGACUACGGCUGCACUGUUGUCUGGCGUUACGUACUGGCUUCUUCGGACCCCCGAUGCGCUUGAUAAGGUGAUGCGCGAGGUGAGAGCGGCGUUUGCAUUGGAGAGGGACAUCACUUUCAACCAGGUCACGGCGAAAUUACCAUACAUGCUGGCGUGCCUGAACGAAGCCUUUCGGCUGUAUCCUCCGGUGCCAGGAGGACUCCAGCGCUGGACGGAAGUGCCCACCUGGAUCUCGGGCUACCGCGUUCCCGCGAAUGUAGGUCGUCAUUGA